GGAGAGAGGGAGAAAGUGAGCUCACGUUCACACAUUGGUGAAGAGGCUGGUCUUGCAAUGCCUUUGAAUAUUUUACUUUUAGGCAGUUCCUCAUCAGUCAGCCACACACAUCCGAGGCGAGCUGAAGCUAACUACAGCCAUGGACAGCACUAGGAGAUCUCACAUCUAAUCGCACGCAUCAUUCCUCCGGGAUAUUCUUGAAAUUCCACAUCCAAACACGCUGACAGCAGCUGCACUCACACACACACACACUCACACACACACUCACACACUCACACACACAUCCACACGUCGCAGAGCCGCCGAGCAAACACCUUGUCUCUCCUCUCGCAGGAUAUACCCGCUCACACACAUCUCUCUUUAUCUCCUCCUGGCUUCCCGGAGGAUCCUGCCGGCUGUUUUUCAUGGAGAAAGUCCAGGGAGAAAUGGAGAUUGAGAGAUGGGAAAGAAGUGAAGAAAUUUCAGACGCAGAAAAAAAGGUCAUUCAAGAGAUAUGGAGCAGAGUAUAUGCAAACUGCGAGGACGUUGGGGUCUCCAUACUCAUCAGGUUUUUCGUGAACUUCCCCUCGGCCAAGCAGUACUUCAGCCAGUUCAAGCACAUGGAGGACCCUCUGGAGAUGGAGAGGAGCCUGCAGCUGCGCAAGCACGCCCGGAGGGUCAUGGGGGCCAUCAACACCGUGGUGGAGAACCUCAAUGAUGCUGAAAAGGUCUCCUCUGUGCUGGCCCUGGUGGGCAAGGCCCAUGCCCUCAAGCACAAAGUGGAGCCCAUCUACUUUAAGAAACUCACUGGUGUGAUGCUGGAGGUGAUUGCUGAGGAAUACCCCAACGACUUCACCCCUGAGGCACACGGAGCCUGGACCAAGAUGAAGACCCUCAUCUGCACCCAUGUGACAGCAGCCUACAAGGAGGCGGGCUGGGCUCAGUACCCCACUGCCACCCUGUGAGCGCCCAGGGGGCCACCAGAGGGGCAGGGAGGGCUUUGCUCACCCCAGGACUUCGCUCUGGUCUCCUCUCAAGAUCUUUGCUCGGUUUGGGGAGCCUGGCAGGGCCAGUUCUGUCAGCUGCCAAGUCACAAUUUGAUCUCCAUGGGGUUUAAAAACAAACUAAACAAGCCAAAAAAAGCCACAGAACCAUGAAGGGUGUGGGUGGGUCGGGGUGAAGCAGUUGCAGGGGACGCUGGAAGGGGAUGCAGAGGGUGAGGGGAGAGCUUUGGUUGUUGGCUCCAUCUUCCUGUCCUGGCCUGUCCAUCACCACCUCCCAAAUCCUGCACCUCACUUGCACCAUCUCAAAGCCCCUUGCACAAGUGCUGCUGCCCUGUUCACUGAUGAACAACACAACCCUCAUUUUCCACGUGAGGCCCCUGGCUAAAGCUGGAGCCCCUGACUGCACCGAGAACUUUGCUUUGCUUUGCACUUUGUGUGUCACCUGGCAGGGCUGACAGCCAGAGCCUCUCUGGAUGCUCCAGGUGGGCAGCAGAGCUCACCUGUGCAGCCACCCACAGUCCCUGUCCUGGGCUGGCUGCUGCAGCCCCUCUGGGCUGGGAGAGAAGCUGCCCCACAGCCCCAGAGAGGGGAAGGAGGGGGAUGCCCUUUGGGAAUCCCUCAUGGCUCAGAGCAUGGUGUGUGGGCGGGAUCCCUGUGCCACAGGUGGGGAGCUGGUGAGUGCCCCCACAGCUCCCUGAGGAGGGGUUUGGAUGGAGCAUGGUGUGCCCUGGGAGCUGCUGUGUGUCAGUCUGUCUGUCCUCACAGUGAGAACGGGGGUCAGGCUGUGAUUAGGAGGAGGAAAGAUGGCACAGACACAUCAGGAGGGAUUCUGGUUGUGAGGAAAGGUCCCUUCUCUGUUAACAUCCAUAAAUACCUUGUACAUAUUCCUGCCCUCGUGGUGAGACUGGGCUCCUCCAAACAAAGUGCCUGGUAGAAAUCAGCCCAUGCAGGAGCUGAGUCCCUCCUGAGGACAGCAGUGCUCCUGCCUGUGCCUGACAGAGGCUUCUCCCACACCCCCAGACGUGGCUGCAGGGCUUGGAGCACUCAUCCCUCCUCCAGCACCAACUCCUCCUGAGCCUCUGGGUCAGUCUGCCUGGGUUGUGCCUCAGUUUCCCCUGCAGAUAUGAAAAAGGGAGGAGGAGGAGCAGCCCCGCAUCCUCCUGCCCACAUGUGGUUGGAUUCGGAACAUUUCUGGGAACUGAAUGGCAAAGGAUUGAGGAUGAAAUGCCAGAUGUGCUGGGAAGCUUUGGAAUCCUUGGCACCCAAUAUUUCCCUGAAGGCCUGUGCUAUUUUUAGAGCUCAGGCAUUAAGGGCAGUGUUAUCUGUGGCAGUGGGAGGAGGGUUCCCUUUGAGAUUCCCUCUGGCCUGGCUCCACCGCUGUCCUGGAGAGCUGGCAGCUCCUGAGAGAGCCCAGCUCCUCUGCUGGUGCCAGCUGGACAGGCAGCCAGCCCAGAGCUCCACCUGGCAUCCCCACAGCCACCCUGGGGCCAUCCCUAACCGUGGGUCACUGCCCCAGGCUGACCUCCCUCCUCCAGAGCAGACAGACAGACAGAACCUCCUGCUUGGCUCACCUGUGCUUUCCACCAUCCCGAGGAACAGAACAGGUUUGUUGUGUCUCAAAACAGCCCCACAACUCCAAUAAUGUCACUGCAGCCACUCUGGCCUUGCAGUCCUUUCCUUCCUGCAUCCCACAGUGCCACUGAUGGAGAGGAGCAAUGGGGCCUGGGACAAUGGCACCUCCUGGGUGGCACCAACAGCUGGGCACAGCUGUCCUGGGCAUGGCAGGGUCCAGGGGGUUGUGAAAGGAAGGGACAGGCACAGGGUGACAAGUGAUGCUGCCCUGCUCAUGGGGCUGUCAGAGCCAGCAUGCCCAGAAUCCAGCCCACAGCCUGCCCUGGUGGAGGUGCCCGUGGCUGCAGCUCCAGCUCCCUCUGGGCUGUCACAGAGGCUGCUCAGCCCUCAAACAGCUGCUGCUGCCUGGGGUGGGGAUGGAUGGGAGAAGCCUGCUCAGCCAUUGACUCCCCUCCAGUGCAGGGCUGGUGAGGAAUCCCUUGGAUCAAGACUGUUAGGUGAUGUCUGUGUGUGUGCACACCACGGCACUCACGAGCUCUGCUGGCUCCUGCCAAGGCCUGGGGGCCAGCAGCACACAUUUCUGAGCAGUUCAUGCACUCCCUGUGCUCUGCACAUGCUGGGCCAGGGGUGUUUCUGUACAGGGAUGUUUCAUCUUUAGACAAAAUUUUGCACAUUGACCUUUGAGGUUAAUAAUCUCCAGGUGGGAAUUUUAUUUUUGCAGCGCAAACCCUUCCCCUCCCUUCCCACAGCCAAAACUGGGCUCCCAGUCUGCAGAGAAGCCACUUUGGAGCGUCUGGAAAUUCUCCAUGUUCAUACCCAACCUACCCUUGUGCCUUGGCUUUUGGGGGGCAGCAGCAGGAAGGUCCCCUCACCUCCCCAUUAAACAGUGCUUUGGUUUCUCCUUUCUUUUGUUACAUCCCCAGAAAAGCUGACCCACGGCCUCCUGCACCAUGUGUGCGUGUGCUGGGCUUGGGGCUUUUUCCAGGCACUUUUUCCUAAAGCAGAUCCAGAUGUGUGCAGCUGCUGUCCCUCGAGGAGCACCCCCGAUCAGCCAAAUUGCAGCCCACUCCAGUAGAGGCAAACAAAACCACGUUUAUUUUUAUUUUUAUCAGCUUGCUGGGAAGUGACACGGAGCAGGAGGGCGGCAGGGCAGGGCUCGGGAGGGGAGGAGGAGAUGGAGAUGAAACAAACGCCCCCUCUCUGCUCUGCUGAAACCCAGCCCUGUCCUCAUCUGGGGAGAGACAAAGAUCAACAGAGUGAGGGAAAAGCGCCAUUCCAGAGUGACAGGGCUGAUAAAUGCUGUGUGGAAGAGCAGAAAGGGGGAGCAUGGCUCUGUGCAUGGCUCUCUGGCACACACACACACACACACCCAUGCACAGCCAUUCCCUGUCACUGCCACCCACUGCUCCCCCAGUCCCACCACUGCUGAUUGGGGGCCCCUUGUCCCCUUUUGUUCAGGUCUUGCUCUCUGGGGCUUGGCCUUUCACUCCUGGCACACUUAGGCCGAGCUAAGGGCACACUUAGGCCGAGCUUUGCUCUCCUUGGUGGUGACUAGCUCUCAAACUCCUUUCCCCAGAGCUCACAAGUGAGAAGCUGAGGCUCAGGGCAUCACUGCCAGCACAUGCUGGGCCCAGCUGGUCUCUGCCUUGCACCCCCAGACCCAGCCAGCCCCUGGCUCUGCCAGCGCCUUGGCAUUAUCAUCAGGGCUGGGCCUGGAGCUGUGAUCCAGGUGGGAAAGCCUCUGUGCCCCCUGCCAGAGGUGGGGAAAUGCUGAGUGAGGGGGGAUUUGGUGUCCCCCUUGAGCCCUUUGUCCUGGCUCUCUUUGGCAGCACUGCUCCCAUCAGCCAGCUCCUGUCCCCUCGCUGCAGCUCAGUGUUUGCUCAGAGGGAGCUGAGCCCUGGGGAAUGGGGGCACUGGGCUGGGAUGGGGCACAGACCCACCCACCCUGUCCCCCCUCCAUGGCCAACAUUCAUGGCAGGUUUAGCUCUGCAGACACCCCCCAAUAUCACCAGAACCCUUAUGUGCUACCACCCUCAUCUUCUCUUGGGGGUGACAAAUCCCCAGGGCAGCCUGAGCUCUCCCAGGGGAUCCUCUCACAUCUCUGCCCCUUUGUCCCAGGAGAGAGGUCACAGUGUCCCCCCAGGGUGUGAGGGGAUGCUCAGACACUUCAAUGGGGACCAGAUUCCACCUGGCUGGACUCUGGUGCCAGAACUCAGCCUGCCCCUGGCCAUGGGGAAGCUGCCCUGCUGUGGGGAUCUGGGGCCAGCACCACCAAUGCCAGGCACAGGGAUCAAAGGGAAACCCACACGCUGACCUUGGACCAGCUGAGGGAAAGGGAGGGCCAAAUCCACCCGCCUAGCCUGACCUCUGUGCCAGGUUGCCAGUUAUUUUCCAUAGCUGAAGUUGUCUCUCAGUGUUGGUGUGUCUGCCCCAGCCCCAGCGUGCCCCACAGCCAUGAGUGUGGUCUGAUGUAACCCUGUGUCUCUCCUGUUCCUGCUGCAGAUCCUGUUCAUGUUCGUGUUCCUCGGCGCUUCCGUGCUGGUUUUAUACCUGCCUUCUGUGUUUAUGGGUGUAACUUUGGUUUUUUUCUUUUUGUAGGUUUUUAGUAUGUUUGUAACCGGACAAAAUGGUGUUAUUAAACUGAAACUUGUAUCUUCAGUGGAUAAAUCAAUCAAACCCCUCUUGA